AAUGUUUUGUUUACAACUUAAACGUCACCACUCAAAGUUUUUCGGCUCAGGUUUGGAACACGCGUUUUUCAAUUUGUUUUUCGAGAAUCAUUUCGUAAAUUAACGAGAAUUGCCUUCUUACAUUUGCAAUAUAAUCCUAAAUAUUCUUAAAUCUGUUCAUAAUGUCGAGUUCCGAUAGUGAAAAUGAAAAUUUAACUGAUAUGGAGGAGGAAAAUCAAAUCAACGCUGACUCAGACUCAAACGAUGCCCAACAGAAUGGUGCCAGUUCCGACAAUGAGGAAGAAGAAAGCGAUGGCAAACAGAAAGAUGAUUCCGAGGAAAAGCAAGUGUCCUGGGAAGAUGUGGGUUUGAUUGAUACUCUUUGUGAAGCGUGUCGAGCGCUAAAAUGGAAAGCUCCGUCGAAAAUUCAGCGGGAAGCGAUCCCCCUGGCGCUUCAGGGCAAGGACGUCAUCGGUUUAGCAGAAACCGGUUCCGGCAAGACCGGAGCUUUUGCAUUGCCAAUUCUGCAGGCAUUGUUGGAGAAUCCUCAACGCUACUUCGCCGUCGUUUUGACUCCGACCCGUGAGCUAGCGUACCAAAUUUCGGAACAGUUCGAAGCUCUGGGUGCCUCAAUCGGCAUCAAGUGCUGCGUGAUUGUCGGAGGUAUGGAUAUGGUGUCACAAGCUUUGCACUUGGCCAGAAAACCGCAUAUUAUCAUUGCCACCCCGGGACGUUUGGUGGACCAUUUGGAAAACACCAAAGGAUUCAAUCUGAAAGCAGUCAAGUAUCUGGUGAUGGACGAAGCCGAUCGCAUCCUUAAUCUAGAUUUCGAGGUUGAGUUGGAGAAAAUCCUCAAGGUUAUUCCCCGGGAGAGAAGAACGUUUUUAUUCAGCGCCACAAUGACGAAAAAGGUGAAAAAAUUAGAACGAGCUUCCCUGAAGGAUCCAGUCAAAGUGGAAGUGUCUAGCAAAUAUCAGACAGUGGAAAAACUGUUACAAUAUUAUAUUUUCAUACCUGCAAAGUUCAAAGAUGUGUAUUUGGUGCACAUUCUGAAUGAGCUGGCUGGCAACAGCUUUAUGAUUUUCUGCAGUACGUGCAACAAUACGGUUAGAACGGCAUUGAUGUUGCGGGCCCUCGGAUUGGCAGCAGUUCCAUUGCACGGCCAAAUGUCGCAGAACAAACGACUUGCAGCUCUCAACAAGUUCAAGGGGAAAAACCGUCAAAUUUUAAUAUCGACAGACGUUGCCUCACGUGGUCUCGACAUUCCCCACGUGGAUGUGGUAUUAAAUUUCGAUAUUCCAACGCAUAGCAAAGAUUACAUUCAUCGUGUGGGAAGAACGGCUCGGGCAGGUCGUGCCGGAAAAGCGGUUACAUUUGUGACGCAAUACGAUGUUGAGCUAUAUCAGAGGAUCGAACAUUUGCUAGGGAAAAAACUUCCUCAAUUUAAGUGUGAAGAAGAUGAAGUGAUGGCCCUGCAGGAACGAGUUGGUGAAGCUCAACGUACGGCGCGUCUGGAGCUCAAGGAUAUUGAUGAUAGAAAAGGUGCCAAGGGAAAAGGUAAGCGAGAUCGCAGAGGUGAUUCAGACGACGAUGACACCGAGCAGUUUAACGGAGUUAGAAAACGCAUCAAGAAGGGAGGAAAAGGAGGGAAAGGCAAACGAAACCGCUCUUUGCACCCGACAUUUUGAUGACUACAGCAUGAAAAACACCAAGGUGGCCAAACAGAUCAAUAAGUUUUUGCUGAAAAACUUGCACCAGAAGAAAAAGUUUUCCGCCUACGGAUUCUUUGAUAUCGACAACAGUGUGAUUUAU